AUGGAGAUAUUUCGAACAGUUGAAGAUAAUCCCCCUGAAACACUUCAAACCCUCAUUACGUAUGAGGAAAAGCGCAAAACUUUCUUGCCCGCAUGGUUCGAAUACGACGAAGAGGCUGGACUUAACAUCAUAUUUUUCUACAACGCACUCGACAGAGGCGAAUUUUCUGGACAUGAAAACGAGUGGGUAACGGUGCACCACCAAAAAAUAAUCGAGUAUGGACAGGAAUAUAGCGAUUAUCAAUUGGACCACGUUCUCGAAACUUUGCCUGGUGCCAUCCAACUUCCGGUUGAUCAGACACGUUUGCCACGUAGUCCGCCGGCGAAAAUGGUGAUUGGUCAGCGUGCUAAUAAUGGGGAAAACUACAAGAUAAGAGUUCGCGUCAGAAGACCUGGAGAAAGUAAUAUAGUCGCUCAGCUUACGUACGAUUUUUAUGACACCAGAAAUAACAAUAAAAAGUAUACGUGCGUGAUUGAUACAGGUGCACCAAAUACGAUCUUGCCAUAUCAUGUUAAAAGGAUACUUGGGAGUAGGGAGUGGAGUACGAUACCAAGAAUAGCUGGGGGCUACGGGGCACCUGCGCAACAAAUUCGUGCGUCUAAGAUAUUUGAGGUGUCUAUUGGAGAUAAUAAUUGGACCAAGUGGGUUCAAGCCAGAAUUCUACUCUGGCAAGAAAAACCAGGCAAUCAAGUGGAAUAUGCCCUUGUCGGUAAUGGUAUUACGGAUCAACUGGCAUACGCACACGAGCCAAGGAACCCAUUAAAGUUCUUAAACAUUGCAGAUGAGACCAGGCUCACCACGUUUUUGAAUGGAUGCAGUUAA